CUUCCCAUGAAGUUACUCAUGCGAAACAGGAAAGCGUCUUUGGUCUCCACUUGGGACGCAUAGAAGUUGAGGACUGAGGGGUUCUAUUUUUCUUGUGAUAUUUGGGAUUUGAAAGCUGAGAAACUCUGCUCUUCGCAGCUUGGAGAGUACUCAAAAUGUCUUGUGAAUAUCGAAUGCCAGACCUGAUAAGUAAAAAGAGGGACGGAGACGAGCUAUCAGAAGCCGAAAUAAACCACUUCGUGACGUCUGCAACGAACGGUGCUUGUGAAAGUCAGAUCGGCGCAAUGCUCAUGGCCAUGUACUUGAAGGGACUGAACCGCGAUGAAACUGUGAGUCUUACAAAGGCAAUGCUUUCGUCUGGAAUCACUUUGCAGUGGCCUGAAGGAUGGCAAGGCAGUGUUGCAGAUAAACAUUCUACAGGAGGGGUUGGUGACAAAGUCAGUCUCGCGCUGACUCCAGCUUUAGCGGUCUGCGGAGUAAAAGUGCCGAUGAUUUCAGGCCGUGGUCUAGGCCACACUGGUGGAACCCUUGACAAGCUAGAGUCAAUACCAGGCUUCCAAGUGAAUCUGGACUCCAAACAGAUGUGCAGUGUUUUGGGAAAAGUUGGUUGCUGUAUUGUAGGUCAGACGGAGGCACUGGUCCCAGCUGAUCGCGUACUGUAUGGUAUAAGAGAUGUCACAGCAACAGUAGAUUCAAUGCCUUUGAUAACAAGUUCUAUCUUAUCAAAGAAAGCAGCUGAAAACCUAUCCGCUUUAGUGAUGGAUGUGAAGUUUGGCAAAGCAGCCUUUGCCAAAACAGAAGAGAGGGCUCAAGCCCUUGCACAUACUCUGGUUGGUACGUGCUUUGGUUUGGGUAUCAAGGCAGUUGCCCUUAUCACUAGUAUGGAUGCCCCUCUAGGAAGAGCAGUGGGGAAUUCUGUGGAAGUGGCAGAAGCUAUCAGUUGUUUGAAUGGAAAGGGUCCUGAAGACUUGAAGGAACUAGUGUGUGAAGAAGGUGGUCAUCUUCUUCAUGCUUUAAAUAAAGUGGAAUCAGAGGAAGCUGGAAAGAAACUCAUUGCUGACAGCUUGGAAAAUGGAAAAGCUUUACAAAAAUUCUGUGACAUGAUAAUAGCUCAAGGUGUCAAACCAGAAGUGGCACAGAAGCUUUGUGCAGCUGGCGCAGACCCCUUUAGUAUCCUACCUCUUGCUUCUAAAAAAUUAGAGCUUGUUGCCGAAAAGAGCGGCAUUGUAUCUGGAAUUGAUGCACUUGUAAUGGCAAAAGUAACCCAUGAGCUUGGUGCUGGAAGAAUUACUGCCACAGACAAAGUUGAUUAUGGAGUUGGUUUGGUAUUGGGUGUACGUGUUGGUCAGUUUGUUAAUAAAGGUGACAAAUGGGUUACAGUCUACCACAAUGGCAACCUUGGUGAUUUGCAAAAAGCCUCAUUGGAAAAGGCUCUGGAGGUUGAUGAAAAUGGUGGUACAGUAGACCUUCCAGCUGCAUCAAGAAUUAUUGACGUCAUUGACAGCAAAAGGCGUCGUUCUAUUUUUGUUUGUCAGUAGAGAAUUUUUAGCAGUCAGGAAAUUUUUUAUGUCUAAAAUGAGGGUUCAGAAUUUCAGAUUUCAUCAUUUCUUCAUUUCUUAUAAUAUAUAAUUUAUUAUAAUCACUCAUCACAAUUUAGAUGCCUGUAUCAAGGAAUGUGGGUGGAAUAUAGGAAGCAUUGUAAUAUGGUUACAUCAGUUUGAUACAUGAAUAAUUUAUAAUUGUUAUGAAUUUCUUUUUACUUCUUUUAUCAACUUUGGAUGAAGUAGUAGAAUAAAAUUUAAUAAUCUGAAGGUAAGUUUUUGAAAGCAAUUUUAGUUACAUCUUUGUUCACCCUGGUGUUCCAUGCACUAAGCUUUUUUAAGCAUACAUAGUACAGUUCUAAUAAGAUUCUGGCACUAUCAAUAUUGGGACUGUAAGGAUGGUUCACAUAGCAAAUAUGGAUAAAUGAUUGCCUUCUUUUGUCCAAGCAGAACCUAAAAUCCAGUGUAAGGUACAAAUUUGGCCUUUGCUCAAUAUUUAACCAAUUAUUAGAAAGCUAUGCUGUAUUUAUACUGACAGCUGCCUAGGUGAAUUUGAUAUGUGUACAGGUGCAUUGUUUCAUUCAUGGUGAUAACAAAGAAGUCGCAAACAAACAAACAAAGAAGUGGAAUUCUCACAAAAGUCUCAUUACAAUAAUUAUUGUUACUGGUGGGGUUACAAAGU